GUGUCCCCCCCGACCCGCCCAGCCCGUGCCUCCCUCCCCUUCCCCUCUGGGGUUCUGCCCACCUCCCUGCGGGAAGCCCGACUGUUCUUAGGACUCCGGGCGGGGCGAGAGGCCAGGCCUGGGGCUGGAGGGUCGCGGGGAGGAGAAAGGGGAAGCAGAGGCGAGAGAAAUUAGGAGGCGGGAGAAAUCCGGAGCAAGAAGGAAGAGGAGAGUCAGAGGAUGGUGGAGAGUGGCUUUUGGAAGCUGCCACACCGUGUCUCAGGCUGGCCCGGCUGAGCUGGGGGAGAGGGAGCGAGGGCGGCGCAGGGCGGGCGCUCAGGCGACUUGAGGCAGCUCGGUGCGGGCCUGACCUCUCCAGAGCGCCCCGCUGCGGCCACGCAGGUCUGGCCCCGCUGUCCGACCGCCAAUCCUGGACUAGACGCUGGGCCGCCCCUCGGGGCGCUGAGCGCUCUCGUAGCAUCCAGGCCGGCGGGCGGACCGUGCGCCCUGGGCGCGCGAGGCGGUGAGGCCCCGGGUGCCCUGCGCGCCCGGACGCGCGGGCCGGCUUAGCGAUGCACGCUCUCACGGGCUUCUCUCUGGUCAGCUUGCUCAGCUUUGGCUACCUGUCCUGGGACUGGGCCAAGCCGAACCUCCUGGCCGACGGGCCUAGGGAGGCCGGCGAGCAACCCUCGGCCGCUCCACCCCAGCCUCCUCAUAUCAUCUUCAUCCUCACCGACGACCAGGGCUACCACGACGUCGGCUACCAUGGUUCAGAUAUUGAGACCCCUACGUUGGACCGGCUGGCAGCGGAGGGCGUCAAGCUGGAGAAUUAUUAUAUCCAGCCCAUCUGCACACCUUCGCGGAGCCAGCUCCUCACUGGCAGGUACCAGAUCCACACAGGACUCCAGCACUCUAUCAUCCGCCCACGGCAGCCCAACUGCCUGCCCCUGGACCAGGUGACACUGCCCCAGAAGCUGCAGGAGGCAGGCUACUCCACCCACAUGGUGGGCAAGUGGCACCUGGGCUUCUACCGGAAGGAGUGCCUGCCCACCCGCCGGGGCUUCGACACCUUCCUGGGCUCGCUCACGGGCAAUGUGGACUAUUAUACCUAUGACAACUGUGAUGGCCCAGGGGUGUGUGGCUUCGACUUGCAUGAGGGUGAGAGUGUGGCCUGGGGGCUCAGCGGCCAGUAUUCCACUAUGCUCUAUGCCCAGCGCGCCAGCCACAUCCUGGCCAGCCACAGCCCCCGGCGGCCCCUCUUCCUCUAUGUGGCCUUUCAGGCAGUACACACGCCCCUGCAGUCCCCUCGCGAGUACCUGUACCGCUACCGCACCAUGGGCAACGUGGCCCGGCGGAAGUAUGCAGCCAUGGUGACCUGCAUGGAUGAGGCUGUGCGCAACAUCACCUGGGCCCUCAAACGCUACGGUUUCUACAACAACAGCGUCAUCAUCUUCUCCAGUGAUAACGGUGGCCAGACUUUCUCAGGGGGCAGCAACUGGCCACUCCGAGGACGCAAGGGCACUUACUGGGAGGGUGGUGUGCGGGGCCUGGGCUUCGUCCAUAGCCCCCUGCUCAAGCAAAAGCGACGGACAAGCCGGGCACUGGUGCACAUCACUGACUGGUACCCGACCCUGGUGGGUCUGGCAGGUGGCACUGCCUCAGUGACCGAUGGGCUAGAUGGCUAUGAUGUGUGGCCAGCCAUCAGUGAGGGCCAGGCCUCACCACGCACGGAGAUCCUGCACAACAUCGACCCGCUCUACAACCACGCCCGGCACGGCUCUCUGGAGGGUGGUUUUGGCAUCUGGAACACCGCCGUGCAGGCUGCCAUCCGCGUGGGUGAGUGGAAGCUGCUGACAGGGGACCCGGGCUAUGGCGAUUGGAUCCCACCACAGACGCUGGCUGCCUUCCCCGGCAGCUGGUGGAACCUGGAGCGAAUGGCCAGUGUCCGCCAGGCUGUGUGGCUCUUCAACAUCAGUGCUGACCCCUAUGAACGGGAGGACCUUGCUGAUCAGAGGCCCGACGUGGUCCGUACCCUGCUGGCCCGCCUGGCCGACUAUAACCGCACAGCCAUCCCCGUGCGCUACCCAGCUGAGAAUCCCCGGGCCCAUCCUGACUUUAAUGGGGGUGCUUGGGGGCCCUGGGCCAGUGACGAGGAAGAAGAGGAAGAAGACGAAGAGGAAGGCAGGGCUCGAAUCUUCUCUCGGGGUCGCCGCAAGAAAAAAUGCAAGAUUUGCAAGCUUCGAUCCUUUUUCCGUAAACUCAACACCAGGCUGAUGUCCCACCGGAUCUGAUGGUGUGGGGAGAAGGGCAGGGAUCCCUGUCCCCCUAUAUGUUCUUUCCCACUCAGUCCUGGUCCUGCUUCUUCUCAGGGGGAAGCCUGGGGUCAAGUCUCCAUCU